UCAAGGUUUAACAACAUGCUCAUAUUCUACAACAUUGCCGAUCGCAAGUAGACGUUAUACUGGUGUAUAAGAAAAAUUAUUUAUGAUUAAGUUUAGUUUUUAGUAAAUAUAAAUAAAAUGGCGAAGUGUUUAGUCAUAGCUCUGUGUGUCUGUUCGCUAAUAACUAUUGUUUUCUGUGCACCCGGAUACGAAAAUAGAGAAAAGCGGUCCACGCGGCAAGAUGUCACUGACCAGUUUAAAACUAAUGGUGCGUCAAGAACGAGGCGUCAGAACUUGGACACAGUGGACAUUGUGUACAUCGAUGCUUCAGCUCUAGACACAACAAAACUACAAACCUUACAAAACAAAGAGUCAUCUCGUUUGGCACCAGUCAAUGACCAAACCGACAUGAACAUUAGGCAAAUUUUCCAGCAACCGCCAGAAACUAAUACAGAAUUUGUGACGCAAAAUCGGGAUUACGUGGUUUACAAACUGAAAGAUACAAGCGACAUUCCUGCAAACAGUGUUUCUGAUGAAAAAACUACCCUGGCAUCGUCCGACAAUUAUAAUUACGAUAGCGAACAAUUUGGAUACUCAGAUGAGAAACGCCCACCGCCACCUCCACCUCCAGACGGUGAUGAUCCACCACCACCACCUCCGCAUCAUCACCCACCUCCACCGCCACCACACCACCACCCCCCUCCUCCUCCGCCACCACAUCACUAUCCCCCACCUCCGCCACACCACCAUCAUCCCCCGCUACCACCGCCACCAGACGACUAUAGAUCAAACUAUUACGACAGAUAUGACAGCUACUAUCAAAGGCGACCUCCUCCUCCCCCUCCACGUGAUGAUGAUAGAUCUAGAAAGUUCUAUGAUGACAGACAAACAAGGCAGUCUCCAUACGAUAGGCCACCGCCACCACGCAGAGACUGGCCUCCACAACAAUAUGGUAGGCCUCCUGGUGGACCUCCCCCGCGUGGACCCCCUCCACAUCGCGGUGGACCACCCGAUCGUUAUGAUCGCGGACCACCCGAUCGUUAUGAUCGGGGACCUCCUGACCGAUAUGAUCGUGGUCCACCCGACCGCUAUGAUCGUGGUCCACCCGACCGCUUCGACAGGAGGCCGCCUGAUCGACCUCGCGGACCACCUGACCAGUACAAUCGUGGACCGCCAGACCGCAGGCCACCACCUGAUAGAGAUCAAUGGAAAGACAAUGAAAAUAAUAAAUAUACUCAAUAUGAUAAUAACCCAGCUUACACAUCCUCUACCACUGAAGCAGUCACACAAGAUAAUCAAUAUGACAUUGAUAUAAGAUUUAACGAUGACGACCGCACUCAACAAACUGCAGCAGCCAUUCAUUCUCAGAAUCCUAAAAGAGAUAUAACGACGAAACGUCCACUAUCGCCAUUCCUAUUUCAGGCUACUCCUGUAACACCUGAAGAUUAAUUUUAAAAAGCAUUGAAACCUCGCUAAACCUAGUAUUAUGAUUUUAAUAGAAAAAUAUGUAAUAGAAAUAAAUGUUACCUAGUUUUGUUUUAAUAAUAAACUAUAAUGAGUA